AUGGAGAGGCUUGAGCUUUAUCGCAUCUUGAAUGUACGGAAGGAUGCUCCAAAAGAUGCAGUAAAGCAGAAAUAUCGCAAGAUGCUAUUUGAUUUGCAUCCAAACAACAAAAAGACGGGAAAUGAGAGCGCUUUUAUAGAACUACAGGAGGCCUACAAAAGAUAUCUCACGGGCGAUCUCUUUUCAAAUUGCUGGGCUGUGGUUGAGAAUAAUCGAAAAGAAUUUGAGUGCCGAUGUGGAGGAAUCUAUAAAAUUGAAGAGGGACGAGCAGGUAGGAUCGAGUGCGAGUAUUGCUCAUGCUUCAUUGAGGUGGAAGAUCCCAUUUUAAGAUUGCACAAGAGCAAGUAG